AUGAACGUGUUGGCUCAUUGCAGAGUGUAUCCACUUUCUACAUUCUAUAAAGCGACCGCGAUAUGUAUAGAUUGGCUUGAAAAAGAUGCGUUCGGUAAUGUUGUGCUGGGCUCAGAAGAAGGUGUUGAAUCACAAAAUGUUAGAUCCAUCGGUUUCUUGCAUUUGAUUGAGCAUGGAUUUCGGGUCUCCGCGUUCAAACAAAAGAUGAUGCAGAGACUUGUUGAAGCAUCUCCAAACCAGAGCUUCGUUUUAAUAAUAGACGUAGUGUCGUGCUGGGACCGAUAUCUCUCAACUUUGAAUCGCGAAGACAAAAACGUCACGUAUAUGAACUCUGCGUCACUUUUACACUUUGAAUCCCUCAUAAACUUCUUGGUGCAGUUGAAUGAAAGCCCUAAAGAAGCAUUGUCGCGAUGCCAGAACGCCUCUACUCUACAAUAUCAACUGGCUGGCAUCGUCAUAGAUAAUAUUUCCUAUUAUACACACGAUGGUGCAUCAUACGAACUGUUAUUUAAGGUUCUACGUAUGCUGAGGGCCAAAUACGGUUGUUUCGUGAUGACGGUCGGAUACGGCCUUGAUUUUUAUAGUGGCGUUGAACAACAAUUAUCAAGUGUUCGCCAGAGCUAUGAUAUACCGACUCGCCUCCCGAUGUCGUACGUUAAAAACAUGGAUUGUGUUCUCCUUAGGGAUACUGAUAAAGAUGCUAGGGUUGUUUACGUCAAGAACUCAUUGGUUUAA